UGGCUUCUUACUGCUCUAGGGGCAGGUGUUGCUGAAUGCUACAGAGCUGCAUUCUGUCUCAGGCUAUCCGUCCUAAGCCAUCAACUUCACAAGACCAGCCAUGGAAGCCCCGCUGAUUAUCAUCUUCAGCUGCCUGGUCCUGCUUCACGCAGAGGACAAGGCCUGCCCGACCAAUCAAUACACAGACAGCGGGGAGUGCUGCCGAGCCUGUGGAGUGGGAGAGGGAGUGAUACAACCAUGUGGGGCAAACCAGACUGUUUGCGAGACCUGUCUUGACAGUGUCACCUACUCGGACGUGAACAGUCACAUUGAACCAUGCAAGACCUGCACUGAGUGCUCGCCAAACAAGCGUAUGCAAGCGCCAUGCGUGGAGACAGACGACGCAGUUUGUGUUUGUGCAUAUGGAUACUUUCUGAGCGAGGAGACGGGAGACUGUGAGCCUUGCCAGAGCUGCAAAAAAGGCAGGGGAAUGAUAUUAUCCUGCUCAACGUCCCAGGACACUGUGUGCGAGGAGUGCCCCGAAUGGACUUACUCCGACGUAGACAAUAACAUGGAUCCUUGCCUGCCAUGUACCAUCUGCGAAGAUGGUGAGAUAACACUGGAAGAGUGUACAUUCACCUCUGACACUGUGUGCUACGACCCGAACCCUCGUGUCGCCUCAGUGACGCCUUAUCUGCUGGAAACGGAAACGCCAAUGUUGGGAAGCACGGUCUCGGGUCUGGAGUUAAGUAACACAACUCCUAGAAGCUCAGAGCCGGUCCACCCAAGUGGGGCAGCCGAGAACCUGAUACCAGUCUACUGCUCCAUCCUGGCAGCUGUUAUUGCGGGGCUGGUAGCAUUCAUAGUCUUCAAAAGGUGGAACAGCUGUAAGAAGAACAAACAAGGAGGUAACAGCCACCCGGUGAAUCAGACGCCAUCUCCCGAAGGAGAGAAGCUGCACAGUGACAGCGGGAUCUCUGUUAACAGCGACAGCACGGCAGAGCAACCUGCUGGACAUACUCAGGGUAAAAAUGACCUCCAUCUUUAUAACAACCUUUCACCCCACAAACAAGAAGAGGUGGAAAAACUUCUUACUAGCUCCCUGGAGCAAACUUGGAAGUCUCUGGCUGGAGAACUUGGCUACCAAGAUGACCUGAUAGACUCAUUCACUAAAGAAGAGUUCCCGGUACGAGCUCUGCUUAGCGAUUGGUCCGGCAAGGACAGUGCUACGACUGACGCUCUGUAUUCUGCCCUCCGCAAAAUCCAACGGGAGGAUAUUGCCCAGGGCUUGUACAGCGACUCCACUGCUACCUCACCAGUGUGAGCAAGAAAGAAAGAGAAGUACUGGGACAGAAGGAAGAUGUUCACGUUGAGUCCACCCGACAGAACAUACCGCCCAAGAAGUGAAGGAAAGUUUGUCCCUUCUCCCCUGAAAUCCCCCAACAUCCCUUUUUACCCAGUAUUAACGGUCAAUCCGUCUGCACUGAAGCAUUAUUUUCAGUAUUGUGGUGUGUAAUCUUCUUCUCUAUGGACCUCUUAAGUCCAGGAUCUCCAGGUCUUCUCGCUAGGAUGGACAUUAAGACGUUGAGAUAAGGAAUCACGAACUGUGGAUGUUGAAACAUUCUUCUGAGAAUUUGAAAGGUUCACUCCACCCCUCCCCCCCUUCCAAACCCUUUUAUAUUCUAGACUUUUUUCUUGUUUUUCAGAGGCCUCCACUGGUGACCCAACAAAAGUGUCUGCCACCCUUUGUAGCCUUGUUAAAAGGGAGUUUGUGUGCUGUGCUUAACAACAGGGUAUAGUGACACUGAAACUGCCAUGUUUUCAAGGUUGUGUCACACACGCACUUAAAAGGACUAUACCACAUUCAACCCAAAGAUUGCGGCACCCUAAAGCUAGUAUUACUGUCCAUUCAAUGUGUCACUCACAGAUGCACAAACCGUUCCGAAUACUCAGAUAGCUAUAAAACGCUUUCAGUGCCACAAACUGAGAGCUGGUAAUAUGCGUUCCGUCACAUUCUUCCUCACCAAAAGUGUUCUUCUACCAUAGCUACAUUGUUACACGUGCCACGUCCACUCAGAUACUAUACGCACAAUGAAAAUGUAUUUAUUAUGACGGUGUGUUAGACCUAGAUGGUGGAAACCAUGGUAUUGAGGGAAUUCCUCCCUUUUAAGCAGACAUACCUGACAUUUGUUUAAAAAUUUAAAAGAUUCAAAUUUAAUAAUGAAUUCCAGAUUGAGGAGGCCACCAGGAGCCAGUCUUUACACCUGGCACCAUCAAAAUGACCAAGAUGAUGCUAAUCAUCUGACCCACGUGUCUGUAAAACAUGUAUUUGUUAUGUAGUGAGUCUGGCCAUUCUUUCUUAGAAUUCCAUAAGCAGUGUGGGCUGGUUGGAUUUUAUAAUUGCUAAUUCUACCCUUAUUUUUUAUCAAGAUGGUAGAUAAUGUUUGGAGAACCCUGUGAGUAUCGCGCUACCAAUAAUGAUGUUAUUGCAUGCAAGCUGCGUUUCCACUGCGAACAACAACAUACAGUAUAAUGAACCUUGUCAGGGUUAGGAGGAGAGGUCAAGAUGAGAAAACCCUACAAUUAUCUUUAAAAACUUGCUGUAGUAGACUUUUACUGUGUUACUCAUAUACAUAUACACCUCAUCAUUUUAAUAUUUGCUUUAGAUAUUCUUAACCAAUUCUUAUGUGUUCAUUUUGUUAUUUUGCACCCAUGAGUUGGUUAAGCCAUUUCUAACUGGUACACCCAGCACCAAUAUAGCCAUAUGCAGAAUAUUACGCAAAAAAAAAAAAAAAAGAUUGUAUCACACACUAGGAAGUACAACAUUUUAACUGAAGUGCCUAAUAUACAGGUCAUAUAGUCAUCUGUCAUCAUAUAUUCCAAUGUAUCCAGAUUUAGGACGCUUUUAAAAUAUUGAUGAUCUUAAACCAGCCACCGACAAUUUAAUAAUCCUGACAACCGUAAUACAUCUUUAGCUGAAAAGCCACAAGUCUCAGAUAAGCGCCAAAUAUUUUCAUUUGUGGGCUACCGAUACCUAAAAUGGUUAUGCCAAAGGCCAUGGCCCCUUGAUUCAAUCCCUAUAGAAUGUCUGUGCCGGUAACACUGAGAUUCCCAUUAGACUAUCCAAGCCAUUGGACUCCAUUUGGAUAGCCUUGAUAUAGAGGGCGCAGAUGUUUCAUACACACAUCUACAAGUUACCCAUAAACGUUCACAAUAAGAUUGACCAAAAGAUUAAAAAUUGCAAUUUCACGUACUAUCUGCCACUAAAAUGCUUGGCAGCAUCCAUAUUGGCAGAGAAUUAAAGUGACAGCCAUCUUUAUUACCUCCAACCUGUGAGAUGCUCAGGGAUUUAAUGAACUUAAAUCGCGUGAUUUAUGUACAAAGAGAAGGGACCUGACACUUGUGAGUUACGCUAUGUUACAGGCGAAUAUUCUCAUCACUGUGCGCAUCGGAUAAUCUUAUCAGCUCCUCACCUUCACCUAUACUCUGCCGGUGACAUUGUGCUUGUUGGUAAGAGAUUGCUACUGACGUGGGAAAACUGAGUACGGCUUUCUUAAGCUUCCCUGGUUGGGAUCGUAACACUAAAGAACAUUUAAAAAAAGGGAAUUGUAGAAAACUGAUGAUCUAAAUGUUUUAUAUAAUCUAACUAUUCUUUAUAACUUCUUCCAAUAAGGCAUUAUGUAGCUCAUUGUAACUUACCCCUGUAAUUUCUCCUAUUACGCAAUAGCCCCCUAUUAAACCUUAUAACAUCUCUCGAUAACCCCUCCUAUUACUCCCUAUAACCCCUCCCUAUUACUCCCUAUAACUUCUCCUAUUACUGGUUGUAUAUCGCUCUCCGAUGUUCCACAUACCCCUUUGCAGUGUUACAAGCGGUAACGAAACACUAUAGGCGAUACAUCGUUGCCUCAAAA